AGCGACUGAGGAAGAGGGAGCCGUCGAGGCUCCAUUGUGUCAGUGCGCCGCGAGCUCUUCGUCGCGCAGGUUGCGAUUUUUGGUCGAGGAGCUACUAUAUUUAUCCGAUUCGUGUGCGUGUGUGUGGUGUCUGUGGGAAUAUUUAAAGACAGGGAAAGAGACUUUCUUCAACAGCUGGGGCAUCAUUUGUAUGUAAAUGCGAAAAAAGAAAUAAAAAAAACGAGGAAGGAGAAGGAGAAGGAGGAGAAGAGAAGCAACAAGUGGCUGUAGAAAGUGCAAACUGGUUUUUUGGCUGGCAAACGUGGCAAUAAAGAGGAACAACACGAAACCAAAACAAAAGAUAUUGUAAACUGAUUAUCACUGUGUUAUCGGGGGGAUUAUCUAAUGUGUGAACUGUUCGAGAAGUGAAAGUGAGGAGGAAGAAAUGCCCGCUAAGUGCUGACCGCGCGCAGAAAUCGAGGAAACCAUCGGCCAAACCGCCGUCAUGUCCGCCACCUACACUAACACAAUAACGCAACGCCGCAAGACGUCGGCGUCGUCGCGCUCCAAGCAAAGACAACAACAAUGGUCGGGCAGCGACGCCAGCGUCGGGGAGCCAAACGAAAGACUUCACUUUCGCAGCCGUUCAACAAACUCGGCCAUAACAGCAGCCCCAACUGCAGCGUUCAACUCACCUCCACCACUGUGCUGUAACGGUGGUUUGUCGCUGCUUAACUGCUGCCUCGACGUCAACUGCCAUUUGAAUGCCCCGCUGCGCGGUAGCGUUAGCCGGCAUACAACACCAGCAGCGACGCCGACGCCAACGCCAAAACAAGCCUCCCCAUCGCCUACCUCUGAUCGUUCGUUCUCGUGCUCACCUUCACGCUCAUGCUCACUCUCCCGCUCACGCUCCCCGUCACGCCAUCAAAGACAAAAACAAAAGCUAAAGCUCAAGAACAGCGCAGCUGCAGCAGCAGCGGCAGCGGUUGCACAAGACGUCAAAACAACCGAGCUUACACCGCCAUUUACCGUUAGCCUGAAAAUAGAUCUCUUCAGUUGGAUUCUCUUUCUUUUGGCGUUCGGCACGCGAUUCUACAAGUUGGCAACACCACGUAAUAUUGUAUUCGAUGAACUCCAUUAUGCCAAGUAUAUAUCUCACUAUAUGCGGAAUAUAUUUUUCUUCGACCAACAUCCGCCGCUGGGAAAACAACUGAUAGCCGGACUAGUGAGUCUGGCCGGUUACGAUGGCAACUAUACAUUCACCCAGAUCGGAGAUCCCUACAAACCGGAAGUGCCCGUCUUUUGGUUCCGCUUUCUGCCGGCUCUGUGCGGCAGUCUGCUGGCCCCCGUUGUCUACAAACUGCUGUUGGAGGCGCGGCUGUCGAGGUGGGCCUCCGCCCUUGGUGGACUUCUGGUGAUCUUGGACAACUCGCUGCUAACCCAAUCCCGUUUCGUGCUUAUGGAAUCGAUGCUCCUGCUGGGCACCACUCUGGGGAUAGCCUUUCUGCUCCGCUUCCAGCGCUCGCGGCUGGGCAGCUUCCAGUGGGUGAGCACCGGAGUGGCGGCGGCGGUUUUCCUGGCGGCUGCGGGGGUGGUCAAGUACAUUGGCUUCCUGUCUCUGGGACUGGCUCUCUACAUGCUCUGCCGGCACUUGUGGCAGCUGCUCUACGACGCCAGUUUGACCAAUCGCCAGCUGUGGAUCCACGCCAUCAGUCGCAUCCUGAUCUUCGUGGGAAUUCCACUGCUCGUGUACUUGGGGGUCUUCUACAUCCACUUGCGGACUCUUCACAAGGCCGGGCCGCACGACAGCAUCAUGACAAGCGCCUUCCAGGCUUCCUUGGACGGCGGCCUGGCGUCCAUUACCAAAGGACAGCCCCUGAAGGUGGCACACGGAUCCCAGAUCACCCUACGACACACCCUCGGACGCACCUGCUGGCUGCACUCCCACGCCGCCGUCUAUCCGGUGCGGUACAAGGACAAGCGCGGCUCCUCCCACCAGCAGCAGGUGACCUGCUACUCCUUCAAGGACGUGAACAACUGGUGGAUCGUGAAGCGGCCGACGAAGGAGGACCUGGUGGUGGGCGACUAUCCGGACGUCAUCCGGCACGGCGAUGUCAUCCAACUGGUGCAUGGAAUCACUAGCAGGGCUCUGAACUCCCAUGAUGUGGCAGCUCCUCUGACGCCGCAGUGCCAGGAGGUGAGCUGUUACAUAGACUACGACAUCAAGAUGGCCGGAGAACUGUUGUGGCGCGUGGAGAUCUUGAAUCGGGCCUCGGAGGGCAACAGCUGGCAUGCCAUCAAGUCGGAGAUCCAGCUCAUCCAUGAGUCGACGGGCGCCGCUCUGAAGUUCAGUGGCCGGCAGCUGCCAGAAUGGGGAUUCAAUCAGCAUGAAGUGGUGGCGGAUCGGAGUGUGGACCAUGAGGAUACCAUUUGGAAUGUGGAGGAGCAUCGUUAUACCCAGACUGCUGACCACCGGGAGCGGGAACGGCAACUGCUAACCGCCGAGAUGAUACCCACCAAGCGGACGCGUCUCUCCUUCCUGGCCAAGCUGUACGAGCUUCAGGCCAAGAUGCUGUGGCAGGCCGGUGACUUGGAGUCCCACAUGUUCAGCUCCCAGCCGCACGAAUGGCCACUAAUGGACAAGGGCAUCGCCUACUGGCUGGACGAGAAGUCCAGCGCCCAGAUCUUUCUGCUGGGCAACCUGGUGAUCUGGUACUCGGCCACCUUUGGCAUCCUAAUCUAUGCCAGCUUACUUGCCUUCUAUCUGAUACGACGACGCCGUCUCUGCUUCGAUAUACCGGAGCUGGAGUGGCAGAAGUUCCUCAAUGUGGGGAAUACCUUCUUUGUUGGCUACUUGGUCCACUAUCUGCCCUUCUUCUUCAUAGAUCGAACGCUCUAUCUGCACCACUACUUGCCGGCAUUUGUGUUCAAGCUGCUGCUCCUGUGCUAUGUGGUGGAUCACUUGGACUAUGUCCUCCGGCGCUUCUGCACCGGAUGGGCAGUGCAUGUGGUGCGGAUCUAUCGUCUGUUUCUCAUCCUCUGGCUAGUGGGCGCCAUUGUGGUUUUUGCCAAAUUCUUGCCCUUCAGCUAUGCGUCCAGGAAGAUGACCAGUGGGGAGGUGCGCCGAUUGCGCUGGAAGGAUACCUGGGACUUUGUGGUGGCCAGGAACCAAGCCCUCCAGUGAGUGGCCAUUGGAAUGCCAUCUCCUCCAAGACAGCCAAGUGCAAUGUACCGUGUACAGAAGACUAGGAGACCUAAACUAAAGUUGAACUAGUGCUAAGCCAUAAAUAAUUUGACAUGUAAACGAACAUACUCAUUUGCGAGAUUGAUUAAAAAGAGAUUUAUUUAUUGAA